UCUGUGUGUAGGGUUCUAAAGUGUUUAAACCCGUAACAGUGUUCUAAUUAAUUGUAGCCAAGACUUGUAGGUUGUUAAUUGAACCAAUUAACAGUCCGAACGGCGUCUUCAGUAGAAAAACACGCUACAAAAAUUUGAUUCAACAAAAUGCGUAAGAAAGCACAAAAGACAUCUUGGAGGCAGAAAACUGGAGACAAAUGUGACGGAUCAGAGAAAACUGGCACUGGACAGAAAGGAAGUGAAACUACACAAAUCGAACCAUCACAACUUAAAAAACAACAGCAACAACAACAGGAAACGCUUUUAAGUACUGAAGGACGUGCCAGACCAUCUCAACCACUGCAGCAGAAGAUGAUGCUUCAUCAGGAACAAGUACUACCAACCCAGGUGGGGGCAGUUGUUGGUACUUCUGGUCUUUGCAAUGGCCACACAGGACCACACAGAGAGCAAAUGAAACACAGCCAAGGACUAGAACAUGGAAGUACUUUACAAGGAGCACUGUCAGCAGGAGCUGCUCAGCGAACUGUAGGUGAUACAUCAGGUGCUGAAACAACAAACCAGUUAAUUCAGACAUUGCAAUUACCAGUGAGAAAGGAUUGGAAUAAGUGUGGAACCAUGGGGAAAUCAAUAAUUGUUGAAACUAAUCAUUUUGCACUGGAUUUGUCAAGAGUACGAAACAACAUUAUCAUACAUUAUGAUGUAACACUAGAGCCUUCAUUUCCACAGAGAAUGUUGAGGGCUGCCAUGGAAGAAUUUAGGCUCAAACAUUAUCCAAAACGGUUUCCAGCAUUUGACGGGAAGAAAAAUUUGUAUAGCUCUGGAGAGCUGCCAUUUGGCAGAGAGAUGUGUGAUCAUAUUGCUUUGUGUGAUAAUGAAUCUGGUAAAGAAAGAAAGUUUAAGAUUACCAUCAAGUAUGCAUCUCAGGCUGAUUUGCAGUCUCUGGUACAGUACACGGCUAGUGGGGCUUCUCUUCUUCCUCCUCAAAAAGCCAUUCAAGCUGUUGAUAUUAUACUGCGCAAUGUGUCAGCCUUCAGGUUUGUGCAGGCAGGACGCUCUUUCUUUAGUCCUCCAAAGGGUCGAGUAGUGGAACUAGGUGAUGGCGUCGAAAUGUGGCAUGGAUUCUUUCAAAGUGCCAUCCUGGGAUGGAAACCCUUUGUUAAUAUUGAUGUCGCUCACAAAGGCUUCCCCUCAGCAAGAAAUGUUGUAGACCUCAUUUUGGAGAUAUGUAAGCUCAGGCAUGAAGACCUUCAGAAAGAACUAACAAUCCAGCAAAAGGAAGAUUUCUUGAACUAUAUUCGUGGACUGAAGAUUGAUUAUAUGCUUCCAAAUGUGCCAACCAGCAAGAGGACAUACAGAGUGAACAAUAUUACAAAAAGUCCAGUUGAACAGUUCUUUGAAUUGGAUGAUCACACAUGGAUAUCUGUUGCAGAAUACUUUGCCCAUGAGAAGAAGAUAAUUCUUUCAUAUCCACAUCUCCCAUGUCUUCAUGUUGGCUCUGUGAAUAGGCUUAAACCAAUCUAUGUUCCAGCAGAGUUGUGCACGGUGAUAAGGGGUCAAGCAACAAUCAGAAGAUUGAAUGAGACACAAAUAUCAAAUAUGAUAAAGAACACUACAACAUCUACCGAUAUCAGGAAGCAAAAGAUUCGGGAAGCGCUGCAGUCGGUGAGAUUCAACGACGACCCAUAUAUGAAAGAGUUUGGCCUCUCAGUCAGUGACCGAUUUGAAAAAGUAGAGGCUCGUGUACUAGAGGCACCACAGUUACAAUAUAAUGUUGAAGUGGACAAAAAAAAUGUUGUAAAGCCUAUGAAGGGUGUUUGGAGGCCAUUAACAUUUUUGAGCAGCAACAAGCUUUCUCACUGGAUUAUUCUGAACUUAAACAAAUAUACAACAGAAGAUGAGAUGAGACGGUUUGCAGUUGAAAUGCAGAACGUGGGACGAACUUUGGGAAUGGAAAUUGCUCCUCCUCCUCCCCCAAAAAGUAUGCAGCCUCCAACAAAAAAUACACAUCAACUAAUGGAAUUCUUUAAAACAGUAAAGAGAGCGGUUCAGCUGGUGGUGGUAGUUGUUCCUGAUAGAGGAGACUGCUAUGCUAAAGUGAAGAAAGUAGCAGAGCUGAAUGUUGGAGUAUUGACUCAAUGUGUGAAGGGAAGAACAAUGUCACGUUUGAAUCCUGCUGUAUGUUCCAACAUUCUAUUGAAAAUCAACUCAAAACUGAAUGGUAUAAACCACACAUUUGCUUCAGUAUCAAGGCCACCAUGUUUGUUUCGCCCAGUUAUGAUAGUAGGAGCCGAUGUGACCCAUCCAUCGCCUGAUCAGCUUAGCAUCCCUUCAGUUGCUGCUGUAACUGCCAGCCAUGAUCCAAAGGUUUUCAAGUACAACACCCAGAUUAGGUUACAACCUCCGAAGGUAGAGAUCAUUGAAGACCUGGAAAAUAUCAUGAGACAGCAGCUUCUGUUCUUUUAUAGACACACAUCUGCUUGCAAACCGGAGAGGAUAAUAUUUUUUCGAGAUGGUGUAGGUGACGGACAGUUCGCCCAGGUUUUGAACAGUGAGGUGAAUGCAAUUCGACGUGCUUGUUUUUCUAUGGGCCAAGAAUAUGAACCUAAAGUGACAUUCUUGGUGGUGCAGAAACAUCACCACACCCGAUUCUUUCCAAGAAGUGAGGAUGCAGAUGGGAGAUAUAAGAACGUUCCACCCGGUACAUUGGUUGAUCGUGAAAUUACUCACCCAACUGAAGUGGACUUUUAUCUGGUUAGCCAUUCCAGCAUCCAGGGUGUUAGCAGACCUACCAAGUAUCAUUUAUUGUGGAAUGAUGAUGACAGUAUGACAGAAAAUGAAAUUGAAAAGAUUGCAUACUACUUAUGUCAUAUGUUCUCACGUUGUACACGCAGUGUGUCCUAUCCAGCACCUACAUAUUAUGCACAUCUUGCUGCUAAGAGGGCUCGUGUGUACCUGGAGGGAGAGAACAUUAAGCUGUCUAAUCUACAAAGUCAGCAACAUAUAUGUGCUGUCUUGAAAGAAAUUGUUUCAGACCAUCCCAUGUUUUUUGUGUAAAACUUCAGCUGGCAUAAGGAAAUCAUGUGCAAUAGUUCCAAGAGUUGUCAGUUCAAUAGUAGCCACUACCAAGAAACGACUAGUGACAUGACUAGUAAUGAAAGAAUGAAAAACAGGAG